AUGUCUGAUGGAGAAUUUUAUGUAUGUGCGACGGGAUCGAUUGAAUAUGGAGAGUUUUACGAGAUUGAUAACGCAUAUUGUAAAUACGGUUAUCACUUUGGACCGGAAUGGAAUAUUGUUGGGGGUAUUGAAGAAGGUUUGACGCAAAUGAGCAAGUGCAGUAAUGAUGCCAGACGUCUAACAUCCUGGAAUUUUCCUUUAGAUGCAACUUUUAAAUCUACAACACCUCACGGAUGGCCGCAAUUAGUACUGUCGGUUUACGGCUUAGAUUUUUUUGGUCAUGAUGUAGUGAGAGGAUACGGAGUUUGUCAUAUACCUUUCUCAUCAGGUCGCCAAGAAUCAAAGAUUCCAAUAUACGUACCGGAAUCUUCCUCAACAUUGCAUCACUUCGCUGCAUGGAUAACUGGUAAACGUCCCGAAUUAAUUGAACCAUCAAUUCUAGCAUCCGGUUCUGGCCGAGAACUGACACGAAUGAAAGUUCAAGGGUCGAUAACUGCAUCCUUCAACGUUGUGUUAAAGGAUUUUUAUAAAUUAGGAUAUGACAAUAAUGAUAAGGGUAAAAAAAGUUGUAAAUAG